GAAAUGUGAAUUGAGAAUUGAAAUUCACUUAGCCUAUUUUCCGGUGUCCGGCAACUCCUUAUUUUUGGCGUCUGGUCACUGCUGUCAAAAUCUACUACGCAGACGACUUUAACGGUUGAAAUAUCAAACUGAUCAAUAUGUAUUCCCCGUUCAAUCAGCUUAGAAAACCCGUUGACCAACAGAACGGCUUGGAAAAUGUGUCACAAUUCCCAGCUCAUCUCGUGCCAGGUAGGACGAUCGCUGCAGCUGCGGUCAAUGAAGAUAGCUGCGAGUUUGGGUCACCUAAAUACUUCGCCUUGUGUGGGCUCGGUGGUAUUGUCUCAUGUGGUCUGACACAUACAAUGGUCACACCCUUAGAUUUGGUCAAAUGCCGUCUUCAGGUGKACCCUGCUAAGUACAAGAACCUCAUCAAUGGUUUUAAAGUCACAAUGGCUGACGAAGGUAUUAGAGGAUUAGCCAAGGGCUGGGCUCCGACUGCCUUCGGUUAUUCCAUCCAAGGCCUUGGUAAAUUUGGCUUGUAUGAAUAUUUUAAAAUUUUGUAUGCUGACUUGUUGGGAGAAGAAAAUGCGUAUUACUGGCGUACAUCUCUUUACCUCGCUGCCUCUGCAUCCGCUGAACUUUUUGCUGACAUUGGUCUUGUUCCUCUUGAAUCAAUCAAAGUGAAGAUCCAAACUACUCCUGGUUUUGCUAAUACUAUGCGUGAAGCAGUUCCCAAAAUGUUAAAACAAGAAGGCGUAUCUGCUUUCUUCAAAAGCUUAGUACCUUUAUGGAUGAGACAAAUUCCAUAUACCAUGAUGAAGUUUGCAUGUUUUGAAAGAACUGUUGAAUUAAUUUAUGCUCAUGUUGUACCCAAGCCAAGAGCUGAUUGCAGUAAAGGAGAACAAUUAGUCGUAACAUUUGCUGCCGGCUACAUUGCAGGAGUUUUCUGUGCCGUUGUAUCUCAUCCAGCUGAUACAUUGGUAUCAAAAUUGAACCAAGAAAAAGGAGCUUCAUCUGUUGAUGURUUGAAAAAAAUUGGUUUUGGUGGUUUGUGGAAAGGCUUAGGUCCGAGAAUUAUUAUGAUUGGUACCUUGACAGCAUUACAAUGGUUUAUCUAUGAUUCUGUGAAAGUCGCUUUGAGCAUUCCUCGACCACUACCACCAGCACCACCUAAGGCAAAGAGUGAAUAAAGAAUUGCUAGUUCAAUUAUUUAAUCAAUUCAGAACCGUGUCAGUCUUACUUAAAGAAAAUGUAAAUUAUCUGCACCUAUUAAUCUUUGAGGUGCAUUCAACGUCAAAUUACAGUGCUUAUAGUUUUGUUUUAAAUUCAUUCUAGAUGCUUAUUUCAUUCCAACUUAUCAAUACCUCAAUCAGUGUAUUAUUAGAAUACAAAAUGUUAGUGCUUUAUUAUUACUGUAAAAAUAUAUUUGUUUAAUGUUAAUACCUUAAUAAAGUAACUAUGUAUGUUCUGAAU